GAGACGGCAAGGGCUGGUCCGGUGGCAGCACCAGACCUGAUGGCGAGGCCAACCAGCCUGCAAACAUCAAGGAGAAGCGACCCAAGGUCUUCCUAGAGGUCGAGCUGCACAAGCGCCAGCUGGGUCGCAUCGUCCUGGAGCUUUUCGGGGACGUGGUCCCCAAGACGGUGGAGAACUUCCGCUGCCUUUGCACGGGUGAGAAGGGCAUCAGCGCAGUCUCUGGCAAGCCGCUGAGCUUCAAAGGGAGCAGGUUUCACAAAAUCAUUCCAGGCAAGAUCAUACAAGGUGGUGACAUUACAAAGGGAGAUGGAUCAGGGGGUGACUCCAUCUACAAUCAGGAUGGAGAUGGUACCUUUGGAUGUGAAAACUUCAAGGUGAAGCACGAUAGACCCGCCCUCGUCUCCAUGGCACACAAACGUGGCCAAGAAGGUAAGAACUGCUCGCAGUUCUUCUUCACCUCCAAGGCGGAGCCCAAGCUGGAUGGCAAGCACACCGUGUUCGGGCGGGUCAUUGAAGGCCUUGACAAGCUGUCCAAGCUCGAGUCUAUGGGCACGAAGGGUGGAACUCCUCUCUUUGAGGCAGUCAUCUCGGACUGCGGCGAGCUCGAGUCGGCUUGCAUGGGCGCCCGCAAGCGGAAGAUGGAGCAGGUGCCAUUGCCUCCGGGCUGGAAGCAGAAGGAGUCCCGCUCCAAGGUGAGCCCCCUCUCUUCCCUUGGCUUUGGCUUCAUCCAGAAGCCGGGGAGGGAGAAGCCAGAGGUGUUUGCUGUUGCCACGCAGCUCAAAGGGAGGGGCGGGCCCGGCAUGGCAAGCCUCAAGGAGCCGCUGCUGCCCAACAGGAAUGUCGUGCCGAAGGGUGCGAGCGCAGUCCAGACUGCACUCGCCUUUGCCGUCUUCAUUGCCGUUAGAAGUUUCCAUCCAAUCAUCAUUGAUAUCUCAAAGACGGAUGGCAAGCUUCCAUACGGCAAGGCCACCCCAUGCGUGGUGAAUUCGGCUGUUGACAUUGCCAUUGGCAACACACUGGCACUGCUCUUCGGAGGAAUGGAUGGCUUGAAGCAGUGCUGGGACCCGGUGCCACUGAAGAUCUUCAGUGCCAUUGCGGUGGUGUAUGCAUUUGGAGACUUUCUUGAGAUGCAGUCAAUGGCUGUCAUGGGGGGUGCUGCGUAUCAGAUCUUGCUUCAGAGCAAGUUGCUUGUCACAGCCCUCAUCAUGUGGGGCCUGCGCGGCCAGCGCCAAACCACUCUGCAGUGGAAUGUACUAGUCACCAUCGCCCUGGGCAUGAGCGCAUUCGUGCUGUCAGAAGACAGCAGCGACGAGGGCAGCUUUCAGCCCAUCGGCCUGCUUUUUGUGGUGGCCAAGGUCUUCUUCUCCUGCCUUUGCGCAGUGCUUGCCGAGAAACAUUUGAAGGCCUUCAAAGAAAUGCCCAUAUACGCUCAGGUCGCGCAGCUGAAGAUUGCUUGGCUGGUGACUUCGCUGCUGCUGACUCUUUUGUUUGACCGGAACGUGCGGGAGGACGGCUUUUGGAGCGGAUGGGAUAGCCGGACGAUUGUGGUCGCAAUCUCUUGGGUCUGCAAAGGGUGGUCGACCUUCUACGUCCUCAAGACCCUGGACUCUGUGCUCAAAAACAUUGGCGAGGCCGCGGCAAUCCUGGUGAUUUACAUCUUCGACGUGCUUGUUGCAGAUGCGGUCUCAGACAUUUUGCCCGUGCACGGCAAAGACUUCCACAUCGCCACGUGUUUGAUGGUUCUAGUCAUUGUGCUGACCGUGAUCAGCUACACCUUGGCUCCAACUUGGAAGUCUGCUUGA